GCGCUGAGCUCAGAGCUGCCGCAGCGCCGGAGCGGGAGCCGGAGCCCGAGCGUGCGAGCGAGCAGGGCGCAAGGCGCGAUCCGUGGCUGGCGACGCACCCAACGCCAGGGCACUGCUGAGCCCCGGCUCAGGGCCCGCGGCCCGCUUGCUGCCGACCGACCUGGGCGCCUAGCGAGGCCCCGAUUCCCCAAUCCGCCUCGAGCCCACCUCGGCCCGGCCUAGCCGAGCCCCGGCGUCCGCCCGCCGCAGCCGCAGCCGCAGCCGCUGCUCCAUCCCAAGCCCGGGCUCAGCUUCCAGGCAGGCGCCUGGGCUUCGCGCUGAGCCCAGCACCCCGGGUCCUCGGGGCUGCAGGUUGCGGGGCCCCGGAUAACCGAGGCAGUGGCUCCUCCCGCGUCCCUGGGUUUCAAGGACGCUAGGACUCGUCGUGGCCCUGUGGCCUCACGCUGGGCAGGGGGCCGCCAGGAUGGACGUGUUCAUGAAGGGCCUGUCCAUGGCCAAGGAGGGCGUCGUGGCCGCCGCCGAGAAAACCAAGCAGGGGGUCACCGAGGCCGCGGAGAAGACUAAGGAGGGCGUCCUCUACGUCGGAAGCAAGACUCGAGAGGGGGUGGUACAAGGAGUGGCCUCAGUGGCUGAAAAAACCAAGGAGCAGGCGUCACAUCUGGGAGGAGCUGUGUUCUCCGGGGCUGGGAACAUUGCAGCAGCCACAGGCCUCGUGAAGAAGGAGGAAUUCCCCACUGAUCUGAAGCCAGAGGAAGUGGCCCAGGAAGCUGCUGAGGAGCCGCUGAUCGAGCCCCUGAUGGAGCCAGAAGGGGAGAAUUAUGAGGAACCACCCCAGGAGGAGUAUCAGGAGUAUGAGCCAGAGGCGUAAGGGCCCAGGACGGCCCCCCACCAGCAGCACAAUUUCCUCCUUGUCCCCUGCCCCAACCCCCAGAGCCAGGGCUGUCCUUCUACUCCUUUCCCCCAAAACACGAGAUCUUCCUUUGCUCCGAGGCGUCCCCUCGGAGCCUGUGUUGGUGUCUGUCCACCUGUCUGUCCUACCCGCCCGCAUCCAACCCUGGGGCGUGGACAGGGCCGGGGCUGUUGCCCCCACCUAUGUUGCCCCCUCCCCACCACAUCCCGUCCAACGUCUGCGCGGGUGUAGCAUGUUCUAUGUAUUUUUAAACGAAGAUCAGAAAGUGACGGCUCCCCCCACACACCCCCGACAGAGGCUCUCCGAGGGCCCCCCGGGCAGCCCCAGAGCCCUCCUCGCCAUCUCCCACAACGACCCCAAGAACCUUUUUUUUUUUUUAAACCAAAACCAGGAGCCAGGCUGUGCCAUGUCCCCUCCCUCAGCCGGCCCAGUCCGAACGUGGGCGUCGUGUGUCGUGAUUGUGGCAUGGAGAGUCCCCCAGCCCCCGUGUGAGCGUGUCCUGGGUGGGCGGGCCCGGGCGCCUCUCCCUUCGCGUGUCCACGAAUAAAGCCAAUCUGUCUAUAGCC